ACGGAGGCGCGACGGGGAGCACGAGCGCCGGGCGGAGAGCGAGGAGCGGACGGCCGAGCGGGGCACCGGGGAGAGCGAGGGCCGGCCCGAGCCGCCCCAGAGGACCGAUGUGCCGGGUGGGGCUCUGGCCCCGGAGGGCGUGAGCCGCUGGCAGAUUGAGCAACUUGGGAACCAGCGGGCGGAGCGCGGGAGAGCCCAGCGCCCAGGACAAUCCUGCGGCGGGCGGGUGAGCGGCCGCUCCCUCGCCCGUCCCGGGUCUGCCCCCGCCGCGGCUGGCAGAGCGGAGGUUGGGUUUUGGAGGUGUCCCUGCUGAAGUGACAAGUUCUCCCGGGUGACACUCCAGGUGGCUCUGAGGAAAGCUCUCUGGACCUCCCCACGGGCUGAUGGAGAAGGGGGCUCCCCACACCCUUCUCUGCUCCCCGCUGAGAUCAUGGUGGAUUUGGGGCACAGCCUGGGCCUGGGCCUCCUGCUGCUGACCCGGCCUUGGGGGCGUUAACAAGAGCCCUGCGCCAUCCAUAGCCCCAGAGACCCCCCUCCUACCAGGGGCCCCGAGCUGGCGAGUGACUAUGCGGCUUGGGCUGUGCGUGGUGGCCCUGGUUCUGAGCUGGAUGCACCUCACUGCUGGGAGCCGGGGGACCAAGGGGAAGAGACAGAGGCGGAUCAGUGCCGAGGGGAGCCAGGCCUGCGCCAAAGGCUGUGAGCUCUGCUCUGAGGUCAACGGCUGCCUCAAGUGCUCGCCCAAGCUGUUCAUCCUGCUGGAGAGGAACGACAUCCGCCAGGUGGGCGUCUGCUUGCCGUCCUGCCCUCCUGGAUACUUUGAUGCCCGCAACCCCGACAUGAACAAGUGCAUCAAAUGCAAGAUUGAGCACUGCGAGGCCUGUUUCAGCCACAACUUCUGCACCAAGUGUCAGGAGAGCUUGUACCUGCACAAGGGCCGCUGCUACCUGACCUGUCCCGACGGCUCCACCGCGGCCAAUGGCACCAUGGAGUGCAGCAGCCCCCCUCAAUGUGAAAUGACUGAGUGGUCCCCGUGGGGGCCCUGCACCAAGAAGAAAAAGACCUGUGGUUUCCGGAGGGGCUCUGAGGAGCGGACACGACGGGUCCUCCAGGCCCCUGGGGGUGACCAUGCCGUCUGUUCCGACACCAAAGAGAUCCGGAGGUGCACGGUGCGGAGGACGCCCUGUCCUGAGGGGCAGAAGAGGAGGAAGGGUGGCCAGGGCCGGCGGGAGAACGCCAACAGGAACGCCAGCAGGAAGGAGAGCAAGGAGGCGGGCACCGGCUCUCGGAGGCGCAAGGGAAAGCAGCAGCAGCAGCAGCAGCAGCAGCAGCAGCAACAGCAGGGGACAGCGGGGCCACUCACAUCUGCAGGGCCCACCUAGGGACAUUCUUCAGCCUCCAGGCCCACGCAGAGAGUGAUGAAAGCUUUAUCGAACUGGAGCCCGGGGUCAACCUGUACACACACUCUGCACACGCACAUGGACACACGGAUACACAUGCAGAUCCCCACAUCCAAACAUGCAAUCAAUAUACAUGCAAACAUGUGUGCACUCAUGUGUGCGUGCACACACUUGAAGCCACCAGAAAACACUUCUGUCCCCCAGACAUCGCGGUACGAACAGGGCAGGAAGGUGGUGGAGUCAUCGCCUCCAGGAAGAGGCCCAGCUGCACACCCUCGGCCUGCGACACCCCGCCGGGGAUGCGGCCAAGGGAGCGUUUCCCAGCGUCCAGGCCCACACUUCGCAGAGUGGAGCCUUCUGGAAGAGCCGGUAGGAUGAGCCCAGAGUGGCAGGCAGGACCCAAAGCGUGAGGAUUGGUCCACUUUCCAGCUGUGUGACUUGAUAGUUGUUACACACCCAUGACCCACGCCAGGACGGCUUUGACUCUGAAAACUGCUUAAAAGUUUAUUGCAAAUUAAAAACAAAAACUAAAUGACCACAGUAGCCCCCAGGCACCACAUUCUUUUUCAGGAUACAGGGAUUGGUGGGGUAUUCCUGGGAGUGGGAAAGGACAGGGCUGGAUUUUAAGAGACCCCCGCUACUGGCCUCCCAGACAGAGCAGGAAGAAAACUUUGGGGAUACUCAUGGUGGAGCAACUUCUCUAUCUCCCUGUCACCCGGAGUGUGGUCUGGGGCACCGCUGACAUCGUCCCUGGGCAGCUUGUUAGACACGAGAAUCUCAGGUCCCAUCCCAGGCCUGACGAAGCAGAGCCUGCAUUUUAAAAGGGUUCCAGGUGACUGGCACGCACGGUCAAGCUCGAGAAGCAUUGCGCGAAUUACCUUUGAGGAUGAAGGGAUGGAUGCUGGUCAGCCGCAGGAAGACUCCCCGCCUGGGAGAGGUGGAACCUCUCUUCCGAGGGGCUGCAGUGGCAGUCCUAGAGGAAGGGAGUGCUCGGGUUCUCUGAGACAGUUGGGGACAGUGGACCCACGGGCAGAACUGUGGACCUCUCAUGGCAUUUAGAAUGUCCACUGUCAGCCAGCCAUCCAUGCACCGAGCUCUGGACUAAGUAUUAGGUCUCUGGAGGGGAACCAGACAUGGCCUUGGGCUCGUGGAGCUUAGAGGCUGGUGGGGGUUGUAGGCGAGAAUCCAGCACGCAUCUGAGUACAUGUAUAAUUCCAAGUGGGCGGAGUUAAGGACAGACAUCUGCAUAUCUGUGCAGGUGAAUAAAAGGGAAUGAAUGUAAAAGGCUUUAUCUCAGGGAGAUUUAUCACCUGCUUUUCAGAGCAGGUGAUGUUUGAGCCAAGCUCCGGACGAGCAGCAGGAGUGAAGAGAAAGAGAAGGACUGGAAUUCUAGACCAAUGCCGUCCAAUAGAAAUACAAUGCGAACCAAUGAUGUGAUUUAAAUUUUUCUAGUAGCCACGUUUAAAGAGUAAAGGGACACCAGUGGAAUUAAUUUUGAUUAUAUCUUCUAUUCAGCGAAAUAUAUGCAAAAUGUUACCUUUUCCACAUGUACUCAAUAUGAAAGAUUAUUAAUGAGAUCUUUUACGUUUUUUCAAACUAAGCC